GCAUCUCCUCCAGAGUUAUCAUUGUGACUGAAUGAGUGAGCUGUGUUCUCUGGCAGCAGGUUCAGACAUGGGGCGGCAUUUCUACAGCGAGGUCCACAUCCAGAGUCCUUUGCAUCAAGUUCUGGCUGCUUUCUGGCAGCGCUACCCAAACCCUUACAGCACUCAUGUCCUCACCGAGGAUGUCCUCUACCGAGAGGUCACCCCUGGAAACCACUUGUUGUCGCGGAGACUGCUUACAAAAACCAAUCGGCUGCCUGGAUGGGCAGAGUGCAUCUUCCCCGCCCACUCGGCCCGGGCCGUCUACGUCCUGGAGGACUCCAUCGUGGACCCGGAAGCCAACACCCUGAUCGUUAAGACCUGGAACCUGAACCACAACACCAUGAUGACGGUGGUGGAGUGCUGCAUGUUUGAACAGGACUGCAGUCGGCCUACUUGGACCAAACUGAAGCGGGAAGCAUGGAUCUCCUCAUCUGUAUACGGACUGGCCCGGCCCAUACAGGAGUUUGGGCUGGCCCGGUUUAAAAGUAACCAAGCUAAAGCCAUGCGGGGUCUGGAGCACGCUCUGUCCAGGAUACAGAGUAAGAUAAAGACAUUACUACAUAAAUAA